GAACCCGCUCUUACGCAUCAUAAGCAGAAGCUCCUCCCUUAGUUGCGGACAUUCUUAGCUAGCUCCUGACCUCGUACUGUGGUUAGUACAAGAGGAGGGACAGGUCGUGCGACUGUAGACGGGCUUAUGCUGUGAUCUGUUUCGACGGCGACGCUAGACACCAGGGUCUCCCACCGUAGUAUGGUCCGACCAUAGAAGGGAUUGGGAAUUUUUCUGUCCUUGACAUUCUCCCGUUAUCUGGGCCCUUGUUUUCCGCCACGUUCCGUCUCUAAUUCACGGUACGCUCUAGCAUUGCACUUCAGGAGCAGCAGCAACAUUUCAGGCAGCAGCCCUUGUCAGGCGCCUUAGAACGGCAUCCAGGCGGUUACAAUGUACGUGCAGUUGUUACUCAAUCUCGGGUCGGCGCUCGGCCUCGAGCCGCCUCACGCAGCCCUCAUCAAUCCGACAGGCCCCGCUCACCAACUCAACUGGGACUUUCAAGUCACUUUCGGCUCCAAAACUUUCCGCGGGCUGCCCGAAGCGUAUCAGCGGAUCUCUAAGGAGGCCAUUCCACCUGGGGCCCAAUACCCGCCGGUCGGAUUUAAGAAGAAGGAUGCUGAGCUGCUGGCGUACAGAGCGGCGUUCCGCAAUGCCAUCUUGGGAAAUGUGUCCUGUCCUGGCGCGCAACCGCCGGCAGACGCCAAUCGCGUAGCGGAGCUGGCGAGAGAAAUCGCGAAAGCGGAUGCGAAAAGCCUGUUACAAGUCGACUGCAGCCGGAUGUUACAAGGCAUGCCUGUAUACACCUCAACCGGCGAAGGCCCACCGCAUUGCCCCUCUUUCACAGCCACAGUCGAGCUACCCAACGGUUGGGGUAGUUACACCGGCAUUUCCUGCCCGACGAAAGGCCUAGCUGAAAAGGACGCGGCUUUCCAGGCGUGGUGGGCAUUUUUCAUUGUGGGACCGUUCGUGCGAGGGGGGGAAUCAGGCACUCUUAUUGCAGGAAGGCUGGAGAAUGGGGGUCCAGGGAAUGAGGAGGAUGACGCAGCAGCACAGGCGCUAGGGGCUUUGUCCGGAGUUCCAGGGAGGAUUCCUGUGCUAAUGGUAAAGGAGGAAGAGGCAGGAGAGGGUUCAGGGCAGCAGGAAGCGGAUAAACAGUGUUGCUGCUGACGGUGCUGCUGCUGCUGGUGCUGCUGCUGACGGUGCUGGGGUUGAAGGGUUCUCAUGCUUAAGGAAAGGACGGAGCAUCAAGCGGGCUAAUAGCAAGAGGUGCUGUCCAUAUUUGCAGGAAAAAACAGCACAGGGGAAUUUGGAAGGUGAACUGCUCCAAGUCCACCAAUGGAUGGCUUCGUGUAGGUAAGUUACGAUACUAUGCAUGUGCCGUGUAACUGUGCAAUUACACAGCUGUAACUGGUGCAGGGUCCUCCUGGUUGAAUUAGCUGUACUUAUUUAGGGACUCCUUUCGCCUGCGCUCUCCAAAGCACAACGUCGUUGCAGUAGUUGGCUGGCAUUCAGCAUUGUCUUGCAUGGUUUUGAGUAAUUUUUGGACGAUC